AGCAUAGAUAUAUACACGCCUGACGCUGUCAGUACCCGAUCCGUUCCACCUGCACAAUCCGUUCACGCAUGCGCAGAUGAUAAUACCGUUUUACGACCUGGGUACUGACCGACAAGAAGCUGCAGCCGUCAGGAACAGCCCAUAUUUACCAUUGUGGAUUAGCAGCAGCCGGUGACUCUUCACAUUUAGUUGGAAAGCUCCCAGACUUCAGUCAGACUUGGCAGAUUCCGUCAUGUUUGUCACUUACUUCCUACUGCUGAGCAGUCUUUGCCAUGUCAUUACAACUCAAGAGAAUAACUGUGGCUCUGCUGGAGAAGUGGAAAACGGAAAUGUCGAUUACCCUAAAGGGACACAGUUUGGUGAUAAACUAGUGGUCACUUGCAACACCGGCUUCUAUAUGGUCCCCAAAGAUAAAGGUCAAAUCUUUUGUGGAUCCAAAGGAUGGAUGGACAGGUUGCCUACAUGUGAAGUGGUGACUUGUGAUCCGCCACCUGCGGUAUUGAUUGGUGUUUUCAGUCCAAACAAAGAAUCCUAUAACUAUAGAGAAGUUGUACAGUACAGAUGUCAAAAUGAUUAUACACUUAAUGGAUCAAGUUCAAUAUCGUGUUCAGAACAUGGAACAUUUGGUCCUGCUCCAACAUGUGUCAUGGUUCGAUGUGAGGAUCCUAAUAUAGCCAAUGGUCACCAGGUUGAUGGUUCUCGACCCCCUCACGGAUACAGGUCUACGGUGACAUACGAGUGCAAAUCUGGGUAUGUUAUGGAAGGACGACGCACCCUGACAUGUGGAAUAGAUAGUCAGUGGUUACCUGGACUUCCAAGAUGUCAAAGAAUAACAACCCCACCUAAACCCACCACAACCACCACCACCACCACCACAACCACAAAAGAUUCCCACCCAAGGACACCAGGCAAUCAUGGAGAUACGUUGGCUAUAGGCUUGAGUGUAACUGUUUUUCUUGUCCUCAUUGCUAUCGUUGUUGGAGCCGUGGUAUACAUCAAGAAACAACGCUGUGGGAGAGGUUCUCCUGACAAUGUGUCUCCAAAAGAGAGAGAGGAUGUAGAACUCCCGUUACAAGGACAGACUGCCAAGCACAGCUGAACUCAUUUAUGCCAAAUAAAUGGAUGUAAGCAUCACAGUCCUGUAUCUCCAACAUUACUAGAAGUAAAAAGGGCUGGUCGAGAAGAGGACUUCUUUGACUGACCUGUGCCGUCCCUGU